CAGCCUCCAUAAAUCCCAUCCCCCUCUCCCUGAGCACGCAGCCCUAACAAGACGCCGUCCGUCCCAGGAAACCAAGCCAUUGUGCAAUCCGCGCCCAAGUCAAGCCAGGGGAAGAGGGAGGAGCGGAGCUAUGGGCAACUCCGGAAGCACAGCUCCCGCGCGUCUAGGAAAGACCCAUGUUCCAGAUUUAGAAUGGAAGGUGCAUGACUUCUCAGCGCUGCUUGAGACGAAAGCUACCUCGGCGAUAUCUUCUUUUUUUCACUGCUUUGGGCACAAGUGGUGCCUGCAAGUGACUCCAAAGCACAAUCAAGAAGCUCAAGUGUCUCCAAAUCGCAAACAAGAUGAUAAAGGAAAUCCAUAUGUUGCUCUUUCUCUUAUGAUAUUCCGGGGAGGCUUGGAGCCAGGUCACACGGUGCAUGCAGUGUUUCAGUUGUCAAUAUUCAACCAUUCGAAAGGAAUGUAUCGUGGAUGCAAAGCUAGCUACAACUUCGAUGUCAAGAAUACCUACUCGAACAAGGAAUGCUUGAUUCCUCUUGAGGAGCUACUGAAAUCAUCUGCUUUUCUGGUUGAUGAUAGUUGUGUCUUUGGUGUGGAGAUAUUAAAAAUUGACGUCUCUUCUCCCGAAAUGAAGUCUGCCGUGGUUCAGAAAAAGGCUACCACAGUUCAGAACCUCUUUGUCCAGAAGAAGGGAUUCAUCAAAGGGACAUACACUUGGACCAUGAACAAUUUCCUAGAAUUGGACUCUCAGCACUUUGUCCGUUCUCCUACAUUUGAAGUUUGCGGGCAUAAAUGGUACAUGGGCAUGUAUCCGCGUGGUGGCAAGAGCAGCACUGAUUGCCUCGCCUUGGGUUUGUACCCGGAGUCCUCGGAUGAGCUCUUUAUGGAGUCCAGGAAGGUGUUUCAAAUGAGUCUGUCCAUCCUGGACCAAAAGAAUGGGAAAUACUACGAAAGAACUUCAGGUCUCUUGGUGCGUUUUAGUCAAGGCUGGUCAUGGUCCGACUUCUUGCCACUCAAGGAACUCCAGGAUCUGUCCAGAGGCUAUCUUAUAGAAUCGAACUGUGUCGUCAAGGCUGAUCUUACUAUCUUUGGGUCAUCCAGUGAUUGCUAGAUGCUUACCUCGUGGCCUGAUGUAGAGUUAAUAUGCCUUCAUCCUGGAGUUGAUGGUGGUGUUGAUUUGUUUAAAGUUCUUAUAUAGUAGGAGUAUUAAAGAUGAACUAGUUCACAAGAAGUCGAGAAAUGAUUACUAGGUAUAUUGUCUCUAAUAUAUUAUUUGCAAGUACCUCAAUUUGUGUAUGGAUGAUGUUCCAUCGAUCAUGUCAGUUUGAUGAGUUUCGUUUGCAUUUGGUUC